UUUUACAGGUUGAUUUUCUUGUCCUUUUGCCUGAAUAAAUGCCUUUUUUUCAGACGAAUAUUCGCCAAAUGAAAAUAUGUCACUUACCAUUUUUUACUUACCACGCUUUGUGUCCACCCGAAUUUACGCUUUAUCUUUUUAUGGAAUUAAAACAAGCAUUGAGAAAAAAAUUGAUUAUUUUAUGUCGAAUUUGCAUCAAGAAAUAUUUUUAAAUAGUGUACUGAAGUCUUGAAGCAGAACAGGCUGAAAAAUCAGUCUGAAAAUCAACUUCAAAUGCAAAAUAGGCUCGUCAAGGGCCUAAAACAGGACCCCAAUCCAUUGAUUAAAACAAGUGUCCCUUCUUCAAAUUACAAAUCUGGCACCCUUUCUUCUCAUUCAAGAGCUGUUAGAUCAAUUUCUCUCAAUCCCAGUUCUAACAAUAGAGCUACUGGGUUGAACUCACUUCGGAAACUGAAGAUUUUACCACACCAGUCAAAAAUUAUUGGUGACAGCGAGAGUUGUUCGAUUGAUUGCGAUUCUCCUUCGACGAAACUAAACAACACGACUGAAAACCGGACAAGCGAGAGCCCGAAAGAAAACAAGGCCGACAGGGUCUUAAGCAGACGAUCUACAACUUUGACGCCACCUCUGGCUUCGCCGCCGACGCCGACAGAAACGGAUUUAGAUCAAAUCGAACCUUUCAGUUUUGACCCGAGUAAGACGAAAAGUGUCGCCGCGGCUCCUACACUUCGAUUUCCUCCUCAAGCUUCAAACUCGAUUGAAAUCAGAAUUUGCAAAAGUAGCGUUGCGAAUGAAGAAACAAGUCAAAUUCUUCCGGUGAACUUUGCGCGAAUCAACUUGGAGAAACCGACAACGGAAAAUACUGCAAAUACAAACCAGGUGAACAGAUAUAAGAAGUUGAGCUCUAGUAAUAAAUACAACAGCACUUUGAAUAGUAACUAUAGCAGCGGCAGCAGUGGAGAAAAGCGACCCCCGUUAACCCGAAUGGCAAACUCAAGUCGGUCCUCAAGCCCUUCGGAUAGCGCGAACGAUUAUGCAAACGAGCACGGUCAAGUUCAUCGGAACUCCGCUGACUAUGUCCCGGUGUCCCGAAUUGCUGCCGGCACGAGAGGCGCUACCGCGUUGAACCUAUCACGCCGACAGUCGAUUCAGUACUCGGCUCAAGGGCGCGGAAUUCGCAGCGACGAACACGAGACGAGGAUAAAUUUAAUGGGUCAACCAAUGAAUUUAAAGCAGAAAAAGAUGGGAUCUAGUUUUCAAAUGCUUCAGAGCAAAAUCUACAAUUUUCUAGAACGGCCGAAAGGAAAACUAGCAAUUACAUAUCACAGCCUAAUGUUUCUCUUGGUGUUCAUGUGCCUUCUUCUGAGUGUGAUGUCGACUGUUAGUCAGUAUAGUGAAAUAUCACUAGCAGUGCUCAUCAGACUCGAGGUGUUUCUGGUCAUUGGCUAUUCUCUGGAAUAUGCUCUGCGUGUGUGGAGUGCGGGUUGCAGGAGCAGAUAUCAAGAAGUCUCCGGUCGACUCCGAUUUAUGAAGCAGCCAUUCAAUCUACUCGGUUAGUUAACUAUAAUGAUAAUAAUCCUAAUAAAUUGUUUUUAGGGAAAGGGCAACACAUUCGCGCCCUACGCCCUCCGGGGUCUGAAGUUCCUGCAGAUCCUGAGAAUAGUGAGAAUGGACAGACGGGCCGGAACCUGGAAACUCCUGGGCUCAGUCGUCUACAUGCAUCGCCAGGAGCUGAUCACGACGUUUUACAUCGGAUUUCUGGGUCUCAUCUUUGCGUCUUUUGUGGUUUAUCAGACGGAAAAAGAGACCAACCCCCAGUUCUCAACUUACGCCGAUGCCUUAUGGUGGGGAAUUGUGACCUUGACAACAGUUGGCUAUGGCGACGCAACUCCGAAAACGUGGCCGGGUAAACUGACGGCUUCUUUCUUCGCCAUAAUGGGCAUCUCGUUCUUUGCCCUGCCAGCAGGUAUUUUAGGAAGUGGGUUCGCCUUGAAAGUGCAGCAGCAACAGAGACAGAAACACGUCGCCAGGCGCAGACAGCCAGCUGCUUCUCUGAUCCAAUGUCUGUGGCGAUGCUAUGCGGCCAAUGAAGACUCGCUGUCAGUAGCGACUUGGCUCAUACACGUGAAGCCCAAAAUAGCCCAAAAAAAUAACCCCCACCUACAUCACAACGACACCAACGCACGCAAGAAGCAAAGUUCGUUUCUGAACCGAAUACAAAACUCUCGGAACCGAAAAGCGAACCAUCUCACUGAUUCUCUCACAAGUGAGAACCCAAAACAAUCAGCCUCACGCCAAGGGUCAAUUCGGAGAACACACCCUCAAUUUUCAACUGCUGGAACAGGGUCAUUGGCCUACAAUAGACACCAUCACAACAGCAUGGGUUCCCACAGUAACCUGAAAGAGUCGCUGAAGAUCUCGGACUCGAAGAGGUCAUCGCGACAGGGCUCCAUCUUCAGUCUACAGCUGGACUCGUUCCCAAACCCUUUCAGCAGUAAUCCCAACUCAAGGAGAAACUCAGCCGAGUCUGAACAAGACGAGGAAAGUCAGAUGCUUACUAAGUUGCGGCCUUGUCACAAAGUGGCUAUUCGUUUUGUCCGCAAACUGAAAUAUUUUGUCUACCGACGCAAAUUCAGAGAGGCUCUCAAACCCUACGAUGUAAAAGAUGUCAUUGAACAGUACGCGGCAGGACACGUUGAACUCCUAUCUAGGGUCAAAGAGAUCCAGCAAAGAAUUGACAUUGUGGUUGGAAUAAAAGACAAAAAGAAACAAUCGGAAACUAAAAUGACAGUUGCUUCUCGGAUUGUGAAACUCGAGAGUCAAAUCACGUACUUGGAGCGAAAGCUGGACCACCUCAUAAACGUGUACAGGAAAGAUCAAAUGCGAUACAAACGAACAGACACUGCGAACUCAAACCACGAGGACGAAGAACCCACUGCAAACCCGAUUCACAACCCGAGCAGUCUGCCAAGUUCGGCUCCUCCCACUCAAAAUGUAGCGGCCAAUCAACUGUUAACUCCUUGCAACCAACGUGAAGACUUAAAAAGCAGCACGAUGAGCAUGAAUUUCCUAAGUCCCGACCGAGGCAGAUUCGAGAGCCACCGAGUGAAAAACAGGUCCUCCUCACAGCCGACUUCACUUGAAAACUUGAGAAUCAUUCCCGACAACUCAGCUCGUAGUGAAGUUGCGAGAUGCUCGCUGCAGUCUGACAAAAAAUCGUCGCUUCUCCCGCUGAGGGCGACCAGCAUCAAAAUCCCCUCAUUUCUAGACAGAAACAAAUAAUCAAACUGCAAUAAAACUAAAACUUGUAUUUAAAAAACUGAA